AUGGCAAACUAUAUUAUAUCUAUUCUCUUGUUUACAGAGGAGAGUAAAUGGCCGGGAGAGAAGUGCAGAGUCGGGGGAUCGCGACAGUCGCCCAUCGACAUAAAGCGGUCAGACGUCGUAAAGGACUUUGAUGGUCGUUUCAUCAAAUACGGUGAAGUCGUGCUCUCCGGGUACCAAGCGGUCAUCAUGGCUGCCACAAAUAAUGAAUACACAAUAAUGUUCAGCACAGAAGGCAAUCCUGAUAAUCACCCGACGAUGCGCGGUGGCCCACUGCGACAACCCUAUCGACUGGAACAGAUGCACCUUCAUUGGCUCUCCGAGCACGCCAUAGAUGGUGCAAAAUUUCCUGUUGAAAUCCACUUGGUGCAUGUGCGCUCCGACCUGGACGUGAGGAGUGCGCUUAAGAGGAGAGACGGACUCGCUAUUUUAGCGUUAUUUGGUAAGAUUAUAGAACAAGAUGAGCCUAUGGAGACAGCAUUCGACGAAAUGACAGCUGUUAUCUCAAAGCUGCAGGUCGUCGGCAGCCGCCUCAAAGGCGUAGUGAUGGACUUGACCAAACUAUUCGCUCCCAACACGAGUAUUUACUACACGUACGCUGGUUCUCUGACUUCACCCAUGUGCAACGAGGUCGUCACGUGGAUCCUUUUCCCUGAACAUAUUUAUAUGACAGAAGCACAGUACAACUUGUUAGAAAAGCUUCGCGAAGGGCAGUACAACUACCGCAGUCUGCAGCCGGUGGUGCGGCAGACCGUGUACCAGCCACCAGCGAACUUCCUCAUGGAGCCGCAGAUCGUCACUUCGAUCAAGAAUGCACUCAUCUCUGUAGUAAACUUCUUUACCAAUGUUACGAGCUUCAUGAUGAAAGGUUUUGACACACCUUAGCGUAAGGCCAACGGGUUGGAUAACUUUCAAGCAUCUCCGUCACUUAUAUCGAGUUGGAUAGAUAAAAUAUGGAAAGUUCUGGAGAAACUCAACCCGUGCGCAGAUCCCAAGUCGUAUAUGUGCUCCAAGCUCCGUGGAUUGUGUAAGAAACUCAAUCUACCGGGUAGCACUUGUUAGAAAAGUAGUUAAUACACUAACUUUACUGGACAAGUACAUUUAGCUGCAUAAAUAUGUAAACCCUUACAUAAUUAAAAAAAACUGAUAUAGGUCUUCGGU